AUGAAUUCGACAGACCAGGAAGCUUACUAUUACGAUGGCUACGAUUAUGGUAACGACACUGAGAUAUUUGAACCUUGUUCUAACCAGAACAACCAAAGUGUGCAGAAGGUGAUCGGUCCGUAUGUCCACUCCAUCAUCUGCAUCCUGGGCUUCAUAGGUAACAGUCUGGUGAUCGUCACCUACGCCUGCUACAAGAAGGCCAAGUCCAUGACCGACGUCUACCUGCUCAACGUCGCCAUCGCCGACCUGCUGUUCGUCGUGGCGCUGCCUCUCAUCGUCUACAACGAGCUGACGUCGUGGUCGAUGGGGCCGAUCGCCUGCAAGCUGCUGCGCGGCAGCUACAGCGUGAACCUGUACAGCGGCAUGCUGCUGCUCGCCUGCAUCAGCACCGACCGCUACAUCGCCAUCGUCCAGGCUCGACGCAGCUUCCGGCUUCGCUCGCUGCCCUACAGCCGCGUCAUCUGCACCGUCGUCUGGACCAUUGCUCUGCUGCUGUCCCUCCCCACCUUCUACUACUACAACUGGUACGAGCCGGGGCACACCAGCGGCAUAUUCAUAAACGAGACGGAGCUGAAUAUUACUCACCAUGUCGAGUACGUCUGCGAGUUCCGGUUUCCGGACCCCCAAACGGCCUUGAGGACGAAGAUAGCCGUCCCCAGCAUCCAGCUGGCCAUCGGCUUCUUCCUGCCUCUGCUCAUCAUGAUCUUCUGCUACAGCUGCAUCAUCGGCACCCUGCUGAGAGCCAGAAACUUCCAGCGGCACAAGGCGGUGCGGGUGGUGCUGGUCGUGGUGGCGGUGUUCAUCGUCUGCCACCUGCCUUACAACGCAGUGCUGCUCUACGACACCACCAACAUGUUCAAGGAGCAGUCGUGUGAGGAAGCGGACGCCUUGCAGGUGGCCACCACGGUGACGCAGACCAUCGCCUACCUGCACUGCUGCCUGAACCCGGUGCUGUACGCCUUCGUCGGGGUGAAGUUCAGGAACCACUUCAGGAGGAUCGUCCAGGACCUGUGGUGUCUGGGUAAGAAGUACAUCGCCCCGCGCCGCUUCUCCAGGGUCACCUCUGAGAUGUACGUGUCCCGCCGCUCGGUGGACGGAUCCAGCGAUAAAGGCUCGUCGUUCACCAUGUGA